AUGGUCUACUUUGUCAACUGCCUUACUGAAAUCCAGUUAUACAAUAUAUUAGAUUGGUCAGUUAAUUUAGUCACUUUGUCUGUAAAAGGCAGCAGCGGACACAGUCUUCUUGAGAGGAACUUUGGUGUUUGGUUCACACUGAGGUAUAUUGAUGUAAUAGCCGUCUUCUCCAUGGCAGAACAUCAGAAGCUACUGGAGAGCUUCAUAGGCACCGGAAAUUUCCAUCUCAAGAGACACCAAAGAACUCACACAGACGAAAAACCCUCUGAAUGUCCUGAUUAUGGGAAACUCACAAGAGAGAAACCCUUUGAAUGUUCUGACUGUGGGAAAAGUUUCAGUCGCAAUGCCCACCUGGUGAUACAUCAGCGAACUCACACAGGAGAGAAACCCUUUGAAUGUUCUGAUUGUGGGAGAGGUUUCAGUCAGAAUUUCCACCUGGUGAAACACCAGAGGACUCACACAGGAGAGAAACCCUUUGAAUGUCCUUACUGUGGGAAAGGUUUUAAUCUGAGUUCCAGGUUGGUUAGCCACCAAAGGAUUCACACAGGAGAAAGGCCCUUUGAAUGUCCUGAUUGUGGGAAAUGUUUUAGUCGGAGUUCCAGCCUGGUGAUACACCAGAGGACUCACACAGGAGAGAAACCCUUUGAAUGUCCUCAUUGUGGGAAAUGUUUUAGUCGGAAUUCCAGCCUGGUGACACACCAGUGGACUCACACAGGAAAGAAACCCUUUGAAUGUUCUAUCUGUGGGAAAAGCUGUUGUGAUAAUUCUAGUCUGGUGAGACACCAGAGGACUCACACAGGAGAGAAACCCUUUGAAUGUCCUAUUUGUGGGAAAAGUUUUAGUGAUAAUUUCAGUGUGGUGACCCACCAGAGGACUCACACAGGAGAGAAACCCUUUGAAUGCCCUAUCUGUGGGAAAAGCUUUAGUAAUAAUUCCAAUCUGAUGAAACACCAGAGGACUCACACAGGAGAGAAACCCUUUGAAUGUCCUGAUUGUGGGAAAUGUUUUUGUCGGAGUUCCAGUCUGGUGACACACCAGAGGACUCACACAGGAGAGAAACCCUUUAAAUGUUCUAUCUGUGGGGAAAGCUUUAGUUAUAAUUCUAAACUGGUGAGACACAAGAGGACUCAUACAGGAGUGAAACCCUUUGAAUGUCUUGUUUGUGGGAAAAGUUUUAGUGAUAAUUCCAGCCUGGUGAGACACCAGAAGACCCACACAGGAGAGAAACUCUUUGAAUGUCCUAUCUGUGGGAAAGCUUUCAGUCAGAAUUCCCACCUGGUUGAACACCAGAGGAGUCACACAGGAGAGAAACCCUUUGAAUGUCCUAUCUGUGGGGAAAACUUUAGUUAUAAUUCUAAUCUGGUGAGACACAAGAGGACACACACAGGAGUGAAACCCUUUGAAUGUCCUGAUUGUGGGAAAAGAUUUAGUGUCAGUUCCAGCCUGCUGAGACACCAGAGGACUCACACAGGAGAAAAACCCUUUGAAUGUCCUAUCUGUGGGAAAAGCUUUAAUGAUAAUUCCAAUAUGGUGGCACACCAGAGGACUCACACAGGAGAGAAACCCUUUGAAUUGCCUGAUUGAGGGAGAGGUUUUGUCAGGGCUGCUGCACUCAGUACCCAAGAAAGAAAGAGGUUUCAGUCAGAAUUCUCAGCUGGUGAUACACCAGAGGACUCGCACAGGAGAGAAACCCUUUGAAUGUCCUGACUGUGGGAAAAGUUUUAGUCUGAGUUCCACCCUGGUGAGACAUCAGAGGACUCACACUGUGGAGAAAUCUUUGAAAUGUCUGCGGACAUUACUUCAAGCAUGAAUCAUACCUUAUUGCACACAAGGUAAUCCAUAUGAUGAAAUAUAGAUGAGUUUAAAGAAUGCUUGGAUUUCAUUUGUGAUCUCCCAUUUAAAAUGUAGGUGAGAAUUGAUUGUUUGAAUUUUGGCCUGGUUCAUUUUGCUCAAACAUUUCUCAGGAUUAAAUUUGUAAGUGGAGUGAAAAGUAAAUUGGAAAAUGGUUAACUACUAGUUUCUGAUUAUCAGCAGAACCUUCUGUAUAUUUCCUUUUCCGGAAUUAAUGAAAUUCCUCAAAAAGGAAUUUUGGGUGGAGCUUUUGUCUGUUGAGUAUGGCAUUGCCACAUGUGGAGUUUCAGCUACCUUGGUUUCACCCGAUUUUCAGCUCCAGAAUUCCACAGCUCGCCUAAAAGUAGUCCUCAAGAUAUAACCAUUAUGGGCCUUGAAUUACGGUUGCAUGUUCCAAUGGCUGUUAAGUGAAAUUGCUUUCCUUAAUUACCCAAAUUCUCCUGCUCUCCCUGAUGCAGCCAUUAAUCAAAUGUGCGAGUCGCUAGGUAGAACACUGUCUACUCAGAGCUGGGGAAAAGUCUUGGAG